AUGAUUAAUGAUUUCACACAACUAGCUGGGUGGCAAGACUACUCGCAAUCCUCCCACACUAAUUAACUUAAACUACUUUCUGAAUCAAUGGAGUAUUCACCCCCAAUGCUCUCAAACAACAAUAGAAAGUUAUUACCUAAUUUAUGUCACAUAAGACAAGUGACUGAAAUAAGGAGUCCCCGUAAAAAAUCCCUAUAGUCCACCAGGAUAUAACAGAGUCAAGUUCUCUAUCAAAUCAAAGAUGAGAAUCCUUUAAAGAAGAGACCUGCUAAUCCGAGACAUAUCAGAGUUACUCCCUCACAAUUCAAUUUCACUUUGAGUGAAGACAAAUUCAAUAAAAUGAGCAAAGAUUCAUCGCCUACCAAGUAGAAACUCAAUAAACUUGCUCCAUUAUUGUAAAAAGUCCAUAAAGUGUAGAUCAAAAAUAAAAUAAUCACUAUCACCCAAAAGUCUCCUCUUACUCAAUUACAAAAAUUGCUGGAUGUCCUCAAUUAAAAAUGA